UAGUUUGGCGUGAGUCGCCGUGCAGUUCUGGUGUCUCGUCUGCGUGCACGUUCGUCCUCGAUGUCGCCCAUUUCCUCGGUUUAGUACCAGAAACUUCCGCGACGUAUUCCGCGGCGCCUUCGUACGGACUCAUCGUGUUCUUGGUUAUACUAUCCGUGCGCUAUUGUUGUCGCGAGAGUUCUCGUCGGAUUUAUUCUCGUCUUGUUUUUAUUCCGCGAGUCAAUCCGGAUCGUCGUAACGCAGUUUCGAUAGCUGGCGCAUUGUCGGUCUGCGAGUGCAAGGUGAAAGUAAAUCCCGCUCUUCUGGCGGUGGUUAAGUCGAAUGCCAGGGAAGCUGGUCGUACAUCGCGAAAUCGCGUAUACGUGGGACACGAGACGUCUCUGUCGCCUGAACAGCAGCCCAUCACACGGAUUUGUAAAAAAGACAGUGGAAAGUUUGUACCGGAACACUGGCUCGCACAAGUUCCCCCUGCAAAAGUCUCGUUCAAACACGGACGACACGGCUCCGCUUUGUACACCAUCGCGAGCAGUUCGGUGGUGUACUUAGAAAAAUGUCCGGAGUGGGGAAGAGGACCUACCUUCGCGAUGUGAACUCCUAUCUCAUUUGUCCGUUAUGCAGGGGUUACCUUAUAGAUGCAACGACUGUUCUCGAGUGUUUGCAUUCGUUUUGUAGAACCUGUAUUCUAAAGCAUCUCAACGCGAAAGCUCAUUGUCCUUCGUGCAAGCACGAUCUCAAUAAAGCGAAGCCGAACAUCAAAGCCGAUAAAGCGUUGCAAGACAUCGUCUACAAAUUAGUCCCAGGACUGUAUCAUAAGGAAAUGCGAAGAAGAAGGGAGUUUUAUAAAAAACAUCCGGAACAUGCGGAUUUGGCGACUCCGGAGCAACGUGGAGAGGACGUCAGUGGGAGAUUAAUCUUCGCCCCGGAAGAUGCAGUUAGCUUAAGCUUAGAGUAUUUGCCACCUGGGUUAGAUCCCAUGGUGGCGGUUGGCCCUAACGAUGAUACCAACAAUUCGAAUACAUCUAAUAACCAAAACGGAAGCAACAAUACCAACAGUAAUAGUAGCAACAGCAGUAACAAUCACAGCGAACAUAUAAGGACUAAUAGACGAUACCUUCAGUGCCCGGCGUUGGUGACAAUCGCGCAUCUGAAGAAAUUUUUAGCUUUGAAGUACAGCGUCGACAUGACUAGAUACACCAUAGAGAUUUGUCAUCGACGGCGCGCUCCGCUUCCAGAAAAUUGGACCCUCAUGGAUGUUGCUUACAUCUACGCGUGGAAAAGGAACGCACCUAUGCGGUUCUUCUACCGAAUUGCGUACGAGGAAUUAGAGGCACCCCCAUACGAUAGACCUUCCACGCCAGGUUUGGGUGCCAGUUUACCUCCCGUUGAUGUGGUUAUUACACAGGACAGCGCUCAUUCUGAGGAUGCCGAAAACGACACGCAACCGAGACCUGAAGUGAAACGUAUAAACAAUGCCAAUGAAAAAUCCGCGUUGGACAAUCAGAAUAGUGAAGUAGUUAGUGAGAAAUCGCGAUUAUCAAGCAAUCAAGUAUCCACGAACAAGAGCACAGAGAUGAAUCCUAAGGAGGGACAGCCAUCGGAUGGCGCAGUAUUGUCGCCAUCGACAACGACGGUUACAGUUUCGACAGCACCGACGAAUAGCACAUCAACAGUGUCAGUGACGAGUACAGUUGCUUCGCCGACGCCGAUUUCAAAUGCCGAAAACAAACAAAGUAAGACGCCUAUUAAGAUACUGAAGAAUUCGGAAGGAAGAUACGAAGUUCUCAAAAGCCCACCGUAUAAGUGUAACACUAAGGAAGAGACCGCUGUGAGUACCGAAACGAAAUCUUCGAACCCGGAAUUCAGUGUCGUGAGUAUAGGCAGUGGACAGAACUCGAACGGAGUAAAGAUUACAUUGAAGCAGUGCUCGCCGAACAAUACGUGUCCCAAUAAGCCGACAGUUAUCAGCGAUGUUUUAUUGCGUUCCAGCCAUAUGGACGAAGAUAUUGCCACUAGUGCAUUAAUGCUUCAGCAAUUUCAAAGAGAAAAGGAGAGACAACAACUCGAGAAACAGGCGAGGCAACAAGUCGAGAAACAUGAGAGACAACAAGUCGAGAAACAGGAGAGACUACAAUUCGAGAAACACGAGAAACAACAAGCCGGGAAACAAGAGAAACAACAAGUCGAGAAAAAAGAAAAACAUCAAACCGAGAAACAGGAGAAACAACAAGUCGAGAAACGGGAGAAACCACUAGUCGAGAAACAGGAGAAACAACAAGUCGAGAAACGGGAGAAACCACUAGUCGAGAAACGGGAGAAACAACCAGUCGAGAAACAGGAGAAACAAAUCGAAAGACAGGAGAAACAGCGAAGAAGAGUAACGUUCGUGGAAAGAAUGACUCCCGAGAAAACUACGACUGGUAACGCGUUGAAGAGUAUACAGAAGAAACUGGGAGAACAAGAGAAGAAGCAAUUCCUUCAGGGUUUUCAGUUAACGGCCAGGGAGUCAAUAUCAGAAAUAGCAUUAAAGUCUUCCUCCAGGUCAAACGAGAGGAGUGUUAGUAACGUAUCGAGUAGCGUUCAGAGCAGGAUGAAUAUUAUGUCAAAGAAAGAGGACAAUGUGACAACAGAAACUAGGAGUAACGUAGGAAAUGCUAAGAAUAAGAAUAAUGGCGGGAAUAUCAGUGUAAAUACGAAUACAAGUAACCGACUUACAACAGUAAGUGCAAUUGGAAAUGCGCGAGUGAAUGUAAAUAAACAGUACAAUGAUGUUGAUACCUGCACACUCAAUUAUUCGAAGAACACCAACGAAGCUAUGAACAUCAUUGCAAACAGUAAUAGUUCGACGACUGUGUUUCAAUUUAACGAUCUAACUGUGGUUCCUGCAGGAGCGGUAAAAAGGAAAUGUCCUCCAGGAGUACCGCUUUUUGAUGUCAAAAGGAAAAAACAGCAUCAGAUUCCGACACAAACCGUAAAGAAGCAACCUGCUGCAUCUGCGCCUCCUAUUGUGCAGGAAAACGCGAAAUCAUCGAGAAAAAUGACAACAGAUCAAGUCACAGUGAGAAGAAGUACGAAUGUCAUCGGUGAAGCUGGCCCUAGUCGUAUACCCACGACACCGAAUUCCAAGUCCUCUUCUUCAAGUCCAGCACUAUCGAACGACACAAGAAACAUAUUAGACGGUUGCGGAUUAAACAUACCCGCAAGUCUCAGUAUAACUCUGACAGCUGCAAGGUCUCCUAGUAGCAAUAGCUUAUUCCCCGAACCAAACGGUUCCAAAGAUGGUCGAAAAAGCACGUUGGGAAAAGUGAAUCCUAGUAUUACUCUUAACGACAGAUCCGUGGAUCCGCGAGUUUUGAAAGCGUUAAAAGCAGGACAAAUAAAAAUGCCCGGGCCACCUAAACCGAAACAAAUUACAACGCAACAGGAACGUGAGGUGAACCAGCAAUAUCAUACAUCUCCUGGCAAACGGAAAAGGGAUCAGGAUUCGAGAGAUAUUCUGGAUCUCAGUGGAGGAAAGAAAAUGGAUAUGCAUCCACUAAGAAUACCACAGCCGGUAGGCUCUAUGAGCCCCAAAAUAAAACCGGCGCCCACAGAAAUAUCGAAUAAUAUAAAAACACAGCUUGUGACUAGGCUCGACGGUCAAAGAUUUUAUCAAGUAGCACCGGGUUGUAACACUCCAGCCCGGAUACCAGAAUGUGCGAUUCCAUCACCGAGAACACCAGUCUACGCCCAUAGUGGAUUUUUGAUCGGUCCUUUGCCCAACAGCAAGCCAAGCAAUCUUCCAAAUCUAUCCUCUGUUUUUCCAAGCCUACAGAGUCUUUUCGCCCUUAGUCAACAAGCGCCGAACGUCCAACGGCUUCAAAUCGAUACAAGACUGAGGCUACCUCAAGGAACAGAGCCCUCGAGUGAACCUAUAGACCCUGUGAAAUCAAGUCAACAAUUGUCCGUCCAGACGAAGUAUUCCCCGGUCACGGAAUCUAACAACCGAUGUUCCCCGCGAAGUGUAACCAAUAACGGCAACGCAAACAACGAGAAUAAUAAGCCGUCUACUGAAGUACCUCGCGAUUCUAAUUUGGAAACUAACAAUGAUUGUAAAAAAGAACCGGACAAUUUGUCACGACAGACGCCUCAUCGCGAAGCAGCUAGUCCGAGAGUAUCGUCUACGGCUUCUCCAUCGCCGCCUCCUGGCGAUACUAGCACAAGUACGACUAAUGAAGCGACUAAAAAUCGCGAUGAUACCGCAAACAGAAGCUCGAACGGAAUCAAUAAUGAUUUAGCAGCAUCAAGCCUAAGGAAACCUAGUAAUGCAAGUGUCGAGGUAUCUAGUAGUAAAUCACCUGCUAGUCCAGACUCUAGUUCAGUAAUGAUUGAAAAUCGUUCCGGCAAGGAAUGCACUACUGUGGAACAAGAACUAGCUUCUUCUUCACAGGCAUCAGACCCAUCGAAAUUAUCGGAGCAUUCGACGAAAAUGGAUAACAAUGUCACUGAAGAUUCGACCAUCGAUAAUGACAAAAAAGUGUGCUCGAAACAAACGGAUGCGAAACAGUUGACCUCUGAAAUGUUUCAAAAGAGAUUGCUAGCUGCGUUUCCUUCAGACGAGUGGGCAAAUAAUCCAAUAGCUGCGGAACAUCUCGGGAACUUUUUAAAAAGUUUGAAUGAAUCGAUUAAGUCGGAAAAUAAAGUGGAAAACGUGGGAUCGGAGAAGGUCGAAAGUCAGAUCGCGCGAAAGGACGCGCCUAGUUUAAAUAACGAAGCUUCGUCUAAAUCUCGUACCGACGUUGCCGAGUCGUCAUAAUGAAGUGAACUUACAUCUCUAACGACGAAUGAAAGACUUCAUUAUUGAAUGAAAGAUAAAACUAAAUCACUGCCAGAUACCAAUGUAUGCUGUUGAAUGUCUUUUCAAUGUGGAUAUACGUGUACCGAUUUCUACGUACAGACAUAUUUAAAAUGCUUUAAGACCAUAGUAUAGAGACGCGGCGUACACACGUCGCACGAUACAGGGAAAAAUACAGCACAACGCUGGAACUUUAUUUUUUCAAAUUUUUAAAGAAAACAACUUCAAGAAGUUUUAUCUAUGAGUUUUCAACAUGCGUAUGCCUGUCGUAUUGCUCAGUGAUAAAAUAAUACGCAGACGAUUCAUAAAAACAGUAACACAUUUUAGAAAUUGGGUAAUUAAGCUCAUACAUACAAAUGUAUACGAGAGAUUCGAUGGAAAAAUGAUGUAAGUGUACAUAAAAAUGUAUGUACAUACGCAAAUUCACAUUUGUCUAAAGUGAAUAUUAUACAAAUAUUUUUUAAUGAUCGUGUGUAAUAAAGUAUACAAUACUAUAUUUUCAAACUGUACAGAUUUCUAUUGGAAACUUUAAUUUUGUCUAUAUUUCUCGAAUACAGAAAUUUACUUGUGUCACUUUUCCAUUGAACCUUUCAUAUCAUACAUAUAACUUAGUUAAUGCCAGAUCGUAUAAAAAAUGACCAUUUACAUUUCAUUAAAUAAUAUUUUAUUAUGGAAAAUACUGGAAGAAAUGACUAGAAUGCUCGUUGUUAACGGAGCUUUAAUUAAUCACUUAUUCUUUUUUAUGAAUCUCUUCCUAUGAUAAUAUAAAAAUCUUGGCUUAAAUACGUUUAUAUACAGUAACGUAUGUUCAAUGUAUUUUUGAAUUUCCGUACGUAAAAAUCAAAUUUUUUUCUGGUUAACUUUAAUACGUCGGUACCGUACGUACGAUGCCCAAUAAACAAUGGACAAGGUUUUUUAUAAAACUGAUAUCUGAUUCAUAUGAUAAUUUCAUUUGUAACGAGAUUGUUCCUACCUUCGGUCCUCACAAUGAAAGCAGAAACAUUCAUCGAAAUACCUCGCACUGUAUUAAGAACUGUUACCAUGAUUUAAUUUUCAAUUACUUGAAUUCCUUCAACGAGUAUGCGAAUGUAGGAACUGGUUCGGCACAACGAAAACUAAUUAACCGAUCUACUUUCCUACUCGCGAUUGUACGUAAUAAGAAAGACAGGGACCGAAAAUAAAUAGGAAAAAACCAUAAGGAAUAAAACUAAUUACAUAAUUGCAUUUGUAUGAAUGACACGUACGCUAUUAUUGUUAGUCUUUCAUUUACUUUAUGUUACGUUUCACUAUUAGUUACUACUAUGUAUACGUUGUAUAAUAAUUGUUACGUUAUGCGACUGUAUUAUAGUAUAUCUCUUGAUCUGUAUAUAUUUAUAUUUGCGUUAAAUAUGUCGUUCUUUCAACAUGUGCACAAAAUCCUAUUACUUUGUAAGUUCGAAAUUUAUCAAUUUCAAUUGUAAAUUCCUCUGGUUCUAACAUCGUCGGAAUUUUUCAACGUGAGUGUAUGAAUGUUGAUUUUUAAAUGAUGAGGACAAAGAAGCUAACAUGUAACGACAAAAGAAUAUAUCAUUAUAUACUGAAACAAGACA